GGCACCAGGCCAUCUCACAAAGCUAGUAGCUUACAGACCAGUACUAGCUUCUAGAACCAUGGGGACCAGCCUGCGCAGUCAGUCCUUUCGAGAACCCCGGCCCUCCUAUGGGAGGCUCCAUGAGUCCCAGGGGAGAUGUCUGGAGGGCCGACUCCAUCGGGCACUGAGUCUCAGACAGGGCCGUGAAAGGUCCAGGUCGCAGGGCCUCGAUGGCACGGAAGGGCUGGAGGUCUCUGUCCAGGAACGGCUGCCAGGGACCCCAGGAGACACAGAGCAGCUGAUCCAAACCCAGAGAGGAGGCAGCCGGCGGUGGCUGAGACAAUACCAACAGCAGGUGAAAAGAAGGUGGAGGAACUUUGUCGCCAACUUCCCCAGUGUGACCCUGAAUCAACCAGCCUCCCCAGAGACCUUGUUGGACACCAACAGCUAGAGCUGCUGUGACUGUCCCUCACUCCCUCAGCUGCACUCCUGUGUCUCCUCAUCUUCCUCUACAUGGCUUUUCUGGACUCUGAACUGCUCCAGCCUUCGAACUUUGUCUUGUGACCAGUUCAUUCAAGGCCCCAUGUGGCUGCUCUUCUUGGUUCUGGCACCUAUCUCUUAGCAAAGGCCUCCAUAGGCCUGAGGAGAAGGUUCUCUGCCUUUUGGGCUUAAAGACCCCCCCAGACUGACAUUUAUGAAAGUCUUAGGGACCUAUAUGGAAAUGAGAGUAGCAACUUUGACUCGUUGGCCCCACAAAGACCAGCCAUCCACUUCCAGGUCAGAGUUCAGUGAAGCCAAAGAAAGGCUGAGAACUUGACGAAUAUCACCUGGUCACAGGGCCAAGCUCCACCUGGCUUUCUGAGCAGCUGCCAGUGACUGGCCAAGAUUUGGGCCUCCCUCAUAGACUGUGAACCUUCCAAGGCUAGGACCAUGUCUGGACUGUCCUCAGUGUGGGAGCUGUACACCUGAGAAGCCCAAACGUGAAUAUGGCUGCCUUUGGACUUUGUGAUAUCCUGAUGAAGGAAACAGGGAAGGUCUUCCCUUCCUGUGUGACAGAGGGAAACUGAGGCCAGGAGUGGAGAAGAGACCUUCCUCCCACGCACACACAAUGCCUAACACUGGGCUUGAACACAUUAAUAAAGCCACUGAGCUGAAGGAAA